AUGGACGGUGAAUCAUCUAGGCGUUCAUUGCAGCGGCGUGGAUCGUCCUCCGUUGUUGUUCAAGGUGAUGCAAAGCCAUUGGUUCAGUUUCUGAUGCUUUUCGGGUAUCUCUGUGUCAAAAUUCCUGCUCAUGAUGUAUUCGUAGUGCAGAACUCACCAUCUGUUCCUACAUUGGUUGCUGUAAAAUGGGUAAGCUGGAUUAGACGUUCUGCAUUCAUUAUAGAUUGGCAUAAUUUUGGAUACACACUCCUUGCACUGUCUCUUGGCAGGAAUAGCCGAUUUGUCACAUUUUAUCAUUGGAUUGAAAAGCAUUAUGGGAGGAUGGCACAUGGGUCCUUGUGUGUGACGAUGGCAAUGCAACAUGAAUUGGCUCAAAACUGGGGUAUAAAUGCCACUGUUCUAUAUGAUCAAACAUGUAUUUGCGCACUCCGUAUAGUUAUUUGGGAAAUGCAGAUGGUGAGAGUCCAGACAUGGUUCAAGAUAGUCUGUGCAGAUGGUUCAAGAUAG